UUCUGUUCGGCCUGGUGCACCAGCUGCGAGGAGGCAGCUAGGAGCAGAGAGUAAAACAAAUCAGAUCUCUCCAAGCUAAACUUUAGUUCUGCACGCGCUUCUUUUGCAAAACUUGCUUCGUUAACUUGCUUCGUUUUUUUUCUUCUUAACCUUGAAGUUCUUACUUUUCCACAAAAUGACCGGUGGCCCGCUGACAGGGUUGCUGGUUGCGCUGUGCGUCAGCAGCGCAGUCCACGGAUUGCCAAAAAAGAGCAAAAGACAAUCCGGCCAACAUCAGGUGUAUCCAGAGUUCCGGGAUGCAGCCGCCGUUACUACAGUCGGCUGUGAGGAGAAUGGUCGCUCAUACAGACUGGACGAGCAGUGGGACAAACCCUACCUCGGCAGUACACUGGUGUGCACCUGCAAUGGAGCAGCAGGCAUCAAGUGUAAAUCGAAACCUGAAGUGGAGGAGUCCUGUUAUGAUAAGUACAAUGCCCAGUCAUACCGGGUGGGUGAAACCUACGAGAGGGCAAAGGAUGCGAUGAUAUGGGACUGUACCUGUAUCGGUUCUGGACGUGGAAAGAUCAGCUGUACCAUUGCAAAUCGAUGCCAUGAAGGUGGGAGCUCUUAUCAAAUCGGGGACACUUGGAAGAGGCCUCACGAGACGGCUGACUACAUGCUGGAGUGUGUGUGUCUUGGAAAUGGAAAAGGAGAGUGGACCUGCAAACCUGUGGCCGAGCGCUGCUACGACAACAACGUGGCAUCAUCAUACAUCGUGGGGGAGACCUGGGAGAAGCCAUACCAAGGCUGGAUGAUGCUCGACUGCACCUGUCUAGGAGAGGGAAAUGGACGCAUCACAUGCACCUCAAGGAACCGUUGCAACGACCAGGAAACCAGGAUGUCCUACCGUAUCGGAGACUCAUGGAAAAAAGCGGACGCAAGUGGACACAUCCUGCAGUGUCAGUGCUUAGGAAAUGGUCGCGGAGAGUGGAAGUGUGAGAGACACAACGCAGUCCGAACCUCAGGUGCUGUCGUGUUGACCCCCGACCAUUCGUUGACUCUGCAGCAGCCUGAGCCCCCCAUUGAGGGGACGUGCCGCACCGACUCUGGAGCCACCUACUACGAUGGACAGCGCUGGUUCAGAAGCCAGGGCAGCACGCAGAUGCUCUGCACCUGUCUGGGCAACGGAGUGAGCUGCCAGGAGUGGGAGUCCAGGAAGCAGGAAUACGGUGGCAACUCUGACGGCCAGCCAUGUGUGUUCCCGUUUGUCUUCAUGGAAAGGACCUUCUAUUCCUGCACCUCAGACGGACGCACGGAUGGACAGCUCUGGUGCUCGACAACCUCAGACUAUGAGAAAGACCAGCAGUACUCUUUCUGUACUGAGAAGAAUGCCGUUGUGGGAACCCGAGGUGGAAACUCCCAUGGUGCCUUGUGCCACUUCCCCUUCCUCUAUAGCGGCCGCAACUACACCGACUGCACCUCUGACGGGCGACGUGAUAGCAUGAGGUGGUGUGGCACCACCCACGACUACGACACAGAGCAGCGCUUUGGAUUCUGCCCCAUGGCCGCCCAUGAGGAAUUAUGUACCACCAACGAUGGAGCCAUGCACCGUGUAGGCGACAAGUGGGACAAACGCCAUGAUGUCAUGGGUCACAUGAUGGAAUGCACAUGCCUGGGCAAUGGCCGCGGGGAGUGGAGCUGUGUCGCUCACUCACAGCUGAGAGAUCAGUGUAUUGUUGAUGGCCUGAACUAUGAUAUAAACCAGGAUUUCUCCAAGCGCCACGACGAGGGCUACAUGAUGAACUGCACCUGCUAUGGACAGGGACGUGGUCGCUGGAAGUGUGAUGCUAUCGAUCAGUGCCAGGAGCCACAAACCAGGGCCUUUCACCAGACCGGAGACACAUGGGAGAAAUCCAUCCAUGGCAUCAACUACCGCUGUUAUUGCUAUGGCAACGGGGUUGGAGAGUUGAGAUGUGAACCCCAGCAGACCUACCAAGAUGGCCACAGACCUGUGCAGGUGAUCAUCACAGAGGCAGGAAAACAGCCAGACUCCCAUCCCAUUCAGUGGAACCCACCUUCAUCUGUGCAAAUUACCCAGUACAUCCUCAAAUGGAGAAUUAAAAGUACCCGUUCACCCUGGAGAGAGGUCAACGUCCCCGGCCACCUUCAAUCGUACACCAUCAGCGGGCUGCGUCCAGGCAUCACUUACGAGGGUCAGCUGAUCAGCAUCCUGCGCUACGGACGCCGCGAGGUCACACGCUUUGAUUUCACCACCACCCACGGUUCCUUGGAAACAUCGGAGGGAGAGACGACCGCACCUCCUGCAGUGGUGGACACUUCUGAGUCCGUGACAGAAAUCACCUCCAACAGCUUCGUUGUGUCCUGGACAUCUGCGUCUGCCACCAUCUCUGGCUUCAGGGUGGAGUACGAGCUCAGUGAGGACGGGGCCAAGCCCAAAGUCCUUGAUGUUCCUCGCACGGCCUCCUCUCUCACCAUUGGUGACCUCCUGCCAGGACGCAGAUACAACGUCAACGUCUACGAACUCCCGAAUCAGGGACAGCCAAACCUCAUCCUGACGACCUCCCAGACUACAGCUCCUGACUCCCCGGCUCAGCAUGUGGUCGAUGAGGUGAGAGAGUCCUCCAUCCGAAUCAGCUGGACGAGGCCUCAGGCUCCUAUCACUGGUUACCGUGUGGUGUACACUCCAUCUCUGGAAGGCAGCAGCACUGAGCUGAACUUACCCGACUCCGAGACCUCCGUGACCCUGGCUGACCUUCGCCCCGGUCACCUCUACAACAUCAGCAUCUAUGCCGUGGAGGAGGACCAGGAGAGUGAGCCUGUUUUUGUACAGGUCAACACCGCUGGAUCCCCUCUCCCAGAGGAGGUCCCGGCUCCCACAGACCUGACGUUCUACGAGGUUUCAGACAUGAAGAUCAGCAUCACCUGGACCGGUCCACCCAGCGAGGUGACCGGUUACAGGGUCCACUUCACCCCCGUUGCUCCCGAUGGCUCUGAGACGAGGGUCCUGCAGUUGCCUCCUUCACCCAACGCAUAUGCCGAUAUAACCCAUCUCCAGCCAGGAACAGUGUACCGCUUCUACAUCUACGCCAUGAAUGGUGGAUCGGAGAGCCAGCCUCUUGUGGCAGAAAAGUCUACCAAACCUGAUUCGCCCACCGAUGUGCGUUUUACUGACAUCAGGCCCGAUAGUGCCGUGGUCAUCUGGGAGGCUCCCCGUGCCAUCGUCAGUGGUUACCGCCUCUACCUGAGCAUUGAAGGAUCCAGCCCCAUAGAGAAGAGGAUCCCUGGCAGGGUCACCCAGUUCCCUUUGAGGAACUUACGCCCAGAAACCCAGUACACUGCCACCCUGCACUCUGACCUGGACAAUGACCUCAGCGAGGGUGUCACUACAUAUUUUACCACCGCUCCCCAGAUGGGAAAUAACCCUGCUUUCAGCACUGAGGUCACUGAUACCUCUAUCAUCGUGACCUGGAUACCUGUCCGCAGGUUUAGCUACAAGCUGUCUGUGCUCCCCAGUGUGGAAGGCGAGUCUCCCAGAGAAGAGACCUCUGAAACUGGAAGUGUUUAUAUUCCCGGGCUGAUCCCUGGAACUCAGUACAUCUACAGCGUGCAGCCCAUCUUCAACGGACGCAACCGUGGAAACCCUAUUACCCGCACCGUUGUGACUUCCCUGUCUCCCCCCACUGACCUCAGAGUACAGUCCAACUCAAUCACAGGAGAUCUCGUUGUCUACUGGGUAGCUUCCAAAACCCCAGGCAUCACAGGAUACAGAGUGACGAGCACACCUACCGACGGCCAGCGAGGAAACACCCUGGAAGAGUUACUCCGAGCUGAUCAAACCUCAUUUAUGCUGGAGAGUCUGAAUCCGGGUGCUGAGUACAACAUCAGUGUCUUCAGUACCAAGGGCCAUUUGGAAAGUGUGCCUGUCUCCACAAUUGUCACACCAGACAUCCCCACACUGAGACACAUUGACUUUGUCGACAUUACUGACACCACCAUUGGCCUGCGUUGGAUCCCUCAGAACUAUCCAACCACUUUUUACAAGAUAACCGUAGUGACCUCAGGCGAGAGCUUGCCAAUUUCUCAAGAUAUGGCGCAAGCAUCUGCUGGUUAUUACACGGUUCGUGGUCUGGAGCCGGGUGUGGACUAUGACAUCAGUAUCGUCACUGUUGCAGAGGAGGGGGAAAGCGAGCCGACCACAUAUACAAAGCAAACGCAUGCUGCCAUUCCAGCUCCCACCAACCUGCAAUUUACAGGGGUUGGUCCUGACAACAUUAGGGUGACAUGGACAGUUCCCCAUGCUGCCACAGCCAGCGACAUCUCUCGGUUCAUCAUCCGUUACCACCCUGUAGCCACAGACGAUGACAUCAAGGAGGUUAAUGUUGGCGGAGCCACCAACACCUUCCUUCUGGAGAACCUGCUGCCCAACACUGAGUACAGUAUCAGUGUUGUAUGUGUGUACGGGGAGCGAGUGAGUGAACCAGCCACAGGAACUCAGAGGACAACUCUGGACUCCCCUACUGGCUUGGACUUCUCAAACAUUGGCACCAACUCCUUCACCGUUCACUGGCUGGCUCCGACCGCUAGUAUCACAGGUUACCGCAUCCGCUAUUCAAAAACGAGUGGUGGGCGGCCGAAAGACGAGAAGCUUCCCCCGACCAGGAACUUCUUCACUUUGACUGCAUUGACACCAGAGACAGAGUAUCUGGUAUAUGUGUAUGCUGUCAGCCGCGAUCAGGAAAGUCAGCCUCUGACUGGCACACAGGCCACCAUCUCAGAUGCUCCAACAGAGCUGGAAGUAACAUCAUCCACCCCGUCCACCAUCACUAUCCGCUGGGAGGCCCCCUCUGUCUCUGUGAAGAACUACAAGAUCAGCUAUGAAGACACAAGUGGCGAGGCUCCCCAAGAGUUUAUAAUCCCCGGCACUCAGACUACUACCACCAUCACCCGUCUGUCACCAGGCACUGACUACACCAUCACGGUCUUUGCUGUUACAGGAAGGGGGGACAGCCCCUCCUCCAGCACCCCGGUCUCCAUCAUGCACAAGACUGAUACCGAGCCCCCCACUGACAUGAGACUGACAGAAGUGACUGACAACGCCCUCACAGUGCGCUGGUCUCCUGCUCAGGGACCAAUCAGAGGCUACAGAGUCACUAGUGUCCCCAAGAAUGGCCUGGGACCCUCUUAUACUGAGGUGGUGGCUCCUGAUCAAACUCAGAUGACGUUCUCCGGUCUCAUGCCCACUGUGGAGUAUGUUGUGAGUGUCUAUGCGCUGGGCAAUGAUGGACAACCCUCCUCCCCUGUGGUGGAUAAUGCUAUCACUGCUAUGGACCGUCCCAAGGACUUGACCUUCUCUGAGAUAGACUCCAACUCCAUGCGCAUCACUUGGGACAGUCCAGACGGCACGGUGACAUCAUACCGUGUCCUGUACUCCAGCUCAGAGGAGAUCGAGAGGGAGCUGCGUCCAGCACCCAGAGGUGACCAGGACACUGUGUUGCUGAGAAACCUUCACCCCGGGACAGAGUACACCGUCAAAGUCAUUGCCCUACAUGGUCGCACCCCCAGCACACCAUUGGUGGGAACCCAGGCCACAGUGAUCCCUGCUCCAACCAACCUAGUGAUAACAGAGAUCAGUCCCUCCACCUUCACUGUAUCAUGGCGCGCGCCCAAUGCACGCCUCUUAGGCUACCGUGUGGUCGUCAACCCGAAGAACAUCAAUGGCCCCACCAAAGAGAUGAACGUUGCGCCCGACACCACGCGUGUUGUUGUACCAGGCCUCAUGGUGGCCACCACAUACCAGAUACAUGUCUACGCCCUGAAGAACUCUGUCACCAGCAGACCGCUGGAGGGCGAGGCCACCACACUGCAAGAUGUCAGUCCUCCUCGACGUGUGCGUAUCUCUGAUGUGAAGGAUACUUCUUUCACACUGACAUGGCGCUCCAAGGUGGAAACCAUCACUGGUUACCUUAUUGAAGCAUCGCCCAGUGGCUCCCACCCCACCAUCAGAAAGACCAUCCCAGGAGAUUCAAACGAUUACACUCUGACAGGUCUCCAGCCCAGCACCACCUACUCUGUUAACCUGUAUACUCUGAAUGGCAAUACACAGAGUGACCCAAUUAAUGUCACCAUUCAAACAGCUGCACCGGUGGUCCAGGCUCCCACGGCCCUUCAGUUCACAUCUUUGACCCCCACCUCCAUCUCCUUCACCUGGCAGCCUCCUGCCACACAGAUCACAGGAUACUACGUCACCUACGAGGUGUCAGGAGGAGCACCACGAGAGCUCAUCCCAAGACCCCACCCGGGGCAGAACUACGCCACCAUUUCUGGCCUGAGACCAUCCACAGAGUACAUCAUUAAGAUCAUUGCCAUCCAGAACACACAGAGGAGCACACCUCUGGCGGGCAAAAUCAGGACUCAACCAGAGUCCUUGCUUCCCCUGCCUCUACCCCACCGCCCAGGAGGUUAUGAUGACAGGCUGGAUGUGCCUGAACCUGAGUUUGACGACACAGUCCAGGUAGUGGGCAACAAUGGCCAGGAUGGGAAUAGUGGUCAGAGCCAGACUGUGGAGUACACAGAGUACAACAACAACAACAACGGAGACAACAGAAAUAAUGGUAGGGGUGGCUAUCCACUGUCCCCCUAUGGGCAAGCUCGUGAGCCCCUGGUCUUUGUGCCCCUUCCUGAUGCAGAGGGCCGCAGACUGCCCAUACUGAAGCUCAACGUGCCCAUCGGCACCACGUUUGGAAACGAGACCGGAGUUCCACAGGAAGCCCAAACUCAGACCACUCUUUCCUGGAAGCCUUACAAGCAGAGCAACGCCUACAUAGUGUCCUGCCAUCCCCUCACUCAUCUUAACGAGAAGAUGUUCCAGGUCCGCCUGCCAGGCACAGCCACCACUGCGACCCUGAUAGGACUGUCCCCCGAUGCCAACUACAAUGUGAUCGUGGAGGCUCUGAUGGGGGCGCUCAAACACAAGAUACUGGAGCAGGUUGUCACUGCUGGAAACACAAUCGCAGAGGGAGUGCCCUCCGAUAAGGACUCCUGUUAUGAUGCCUUUACUUCAACCUACCAUGAUGUUGGCAGUGAAUGGGAGCGGAUGUCAGAGACAGGCUUCAAGCUGUGGUGCACCUGCCUGGGAAUGGGGAGCGGCCACUUCAGAUGUGAUUCAUCAAAGUGGUGCAAUGACAAUAACAACAACUAUCGCAUUGGAGAGAAGUGGGAACGCCGCCACGAAAACGGUCAAUUAUUGAGCUGCACUUGCUUGGGAAAUGGCAAAGGAGAGUACAAGUGUGAACCACAUGAGUCGGUGUGCUACGAUGAUGGCAAAACUUACCAGUUGGGAAACCAGUGGCAGAAGGAGUACCACGGGGCCAUCUGCACCUGCACAUGCUUUGGAGGACAGCAGGGCUGGAGAUGUGAUAACUGCCGCAGACCAGGUGGUGAUGUGGAUGCCAGUCCGCUGCAGCCUGUUAGAAUGGGCAACACAGUACGCCACAUCCAGUGCCCCAUUGAGUGCUUCCAACCGGCCUUGCUGGCAGACGCACACGUUCCUCUAAAUCCUCUGGAGUAAAGGACCGGACAUCUGAUUGGAUCCCCAACCUCCCAUUCUCUGCACUGUCUCACAUUUUAGAAGCCAUGCUGUCUGCGACUAAACUAACUGCCCAAUGAUUAGCCAAAGACUGCCCUGCUUCCUGGUCAGAGUGAUUCGCCUCUAAAGCCAUUCUCUUCACUGUUGAGUCUCUAAAGUCACUCGCUAUUGGAAAAUGAAGACUCUCGCCAUUUUCUUUUUGUAUUCCAUUCCCCUCCAUACUUCUGUCAGAUUUAUAUACUUUUCAAAUUGACAUGUUUUACAUUUUAAUAUUCAGAAACACUUCCUAAUCAAAGAGCAGAAAUAGUCUGAAAGUAAGCACUGUGUUAAAGAAUGUCAAUGUAGUUAUUAACAAUGUUUAAAUUGUCCAUGAAAAUGUGCUUUUUUUGUAGCCCUUCUGUUACUGAGGGCUCGCACUGUGUGUGAUUGACACAUUCUGAUUCCUAAUGUCUUUUUACUAAUGUUUCCUUUUAAUAUCAACGUGUGAAUGUGCGGGAACUGCGAUGUGAGAACUCUUCUAUUUUUGUACUUUGUUGUCCGUGCCUACCUUUUGACAAAAAUAAGACCCUUAUUUUAAUAAAGCUGGAGAGAUCCUGAAACCUAACAA